CCGCCCCCGCCCCCGCCCCCGGGCUGCCCCGGGGAGGGAGGCCCUUUGACCUCAGCCCCCGGGAAGUUGGGCCGCGGGGCGCUGGCCCGUCCCCGUUAAGUGCCCUUAGGAUGCGGUGACCGGGACCUGCUCUCCCUCCGGGAGGGGCGCUGCCUGCGCUGGGGGGACGGGACGGGGUGCCGAGACCCGGCAGAAUGAUGCUGUCCGAGCAAGCCCAAAAGUGGUUUCCGACCCACGUGCAGGUCACAGUGCUCCAAGCCAAAGAUCUGAAGCCAAAAGGCAAAAGUGGCACCAAUGACACGUACACGAUCAUUCAGCUGGGCAAGGAGAAGUACUCCACCUCCGUGGCCGAGAAAACCCUGGAGCCGGUCUGGAAGGAAGAGGCCUCCUUCGAGCUGCCCGGCCUGCUCCUGCAGGGGAACCCCGAGAAGUACAUUCUGUUCCUCAUAGUGAUGCACAGGUCCCUGGUGGGGCUGGAUAAGUUUUUAGGGCAGGUGGCAAUCAAUCUCAAUGACAUCUUUGAGGACAAACAAAGAAGGAAAACCGAGUGGUUUAGAUUAGAAUCCAAACAAGGAAAAAGAGCCAAAAACAGGGGAGAGAUAAAGGUCAAUAUUCAAUUCAUGAGGAACAAUAUGACAGCAAGUAUGUUUGACUUAUCAAUGAAGGACAAAACAAGAUCUCCUUUUGCAAAAUUAAAAGAUAAGAUGAAAGGCAGAAAAAACGAUGGGACGUUUUCCGAUACGUCUUCUGCAAUCAUUCCAAGUUCUCACAUGACGGAUGCCAAUUCUGAAUUUUCAAGUGGUGAAAUACAGAUGAAAUCUAAACCGAAAAAGCCUUUCCUCCUGGGGCCUCAGCGACUCUCUUCAGCGCACUCCAUGUCUGACUUAACGGGGGCCCACGUGUCCGCUGAGAAACUGAAGCCGGGCACCGCUGGGCAAACGCAUCUUCUCGGACGCCAGAUAGACGCCUUUGGAGCCGUUCCAGAAAGUGGAAGUCUCAAAUCUCCACACAGAAGAACAUUAAGCUUUGAUACUUCUAAAAUGAACCAGCCUGACCGCAGUGUGGAGGAAGGCGCACCAUCUUCCGGAAGACAAAACGACCCAUUUACCAAUGUGACGGCUUCAUUACCCCAAAAAUUUGCAACACUGCCAAGGAAGAAAAAUCCAUUUGAAGAAAGCAGUGAAUCCUGGGAUAGCAGCAUGACUUUAUUUUCAAAAUCAAUUGAAGUAAGAAAAGAAAAUAAGAGAGAGAAAAGGGAGAAAGUUAGCCUGUUUGAAAGAGUGACCGGAAAGAAAGAUAGCAGAAGGUCUGAUAAACUCAACAAUGGGGCAGCCGAGAGCCCCAGUGACUUGAAAUCACCUAAUGCGUUUAGUGAAAAUCGUCAGGACUAUUUUGAUUAUGAGUCAACUAAUCCGUUUACAACAAAAUUCAGGGCUUCAAAUAUAAUGCCAUCUUCAAGUUUCCAUGUGAAUCCGACAAGCAGUGAAGACCUCAGGAAAAUCCCGGACAGCAACCCUUUUGAUGCCGCCGCAGGGUACCGCAGCCUGACCUACGAGGAGGUCCUGCAGGAGCUGGUGAGGCACAAAGAGCUCCUGCGGAGGAAGGACACGCACAUCCGGGAGCUGGAGGACUACAUCGACAACCUCCUCGUGCGGGUCAUGGAGGAGACGCCCAGCAUCCUCCGAGUGCCCUACGAGCCGUCCAGGAAGGCUGGCAAGUUCUCCAACGGCUAACGAGCCAUUGGUGCUGCCUUGAUAAUGGGGAGAAGAAAGAGGGAGAAAAGGAAAGAGAAAGGAAAGACUGGUUACGGAAGAGCCUGCACUUUCAGGUUUCAGUCCAUGCUCGUCCGUUGGGAAAAGGUGUUUCACUUGUAAAUAUGAGCGGGGACUGUCAAGAGUGACCUUUGAAGUGAGUUCAAUAAUUAAAACUUUGAAAGGGAAAGGGCCAGAUUCCAGAUAAGUAAGCAGCUCCUGGGGAUUCACUGGGGUGCUGGCCAGCCCACUCCCCUGCCCGAGGCCCAGGGAUGUCUUCAGAAGUUCAUGGCUCGCUCCUCAGGAAGAUUUCUCAUGACUUGACAUUGUGGGAAUUGAUACUGUGGAUGGUUCUUGAGCAUUCAAUUUGUAGACGAUUUAGCUGCAGGAAUACUGCUCAUUAUAAACACUACUUCAAAAACAGUUCAUAUUUUAUAUACAUACGUAUGUACAUGAGUGUAAGUUCAUGUAUCUUUGCAUAUAAAAUACGUGCAUAUACCUCACAUAUUCAUGUGUUUUUAGGACAUUUAAAAUCAGUCGGUUUCCUCUAAAAUGAGGAUACCAGUUUCUUAAUUGGGAAAUGUAUGUGCGCUCAGCGAGCAUCAUUGCUACUGCAGUAUUACGUGCGUGUGUGGGGGAGCUGCUUCCAGUCACUCUAGAGUCUGAACCUUGGUUUCAAAAUGAGCUGCUACUAUGUUACUCCAGCGUCAGAUUUUUGCUCUUUACCCAAAAGUAAUGCUCCAAAGGCCUUGCUAAAGAAUGGCGUCUUUUAGGAAAGUCCAUUAACUUCACAACAGCAUGGAUUUCUCGAAUUCGUUUUUCAGCAUAACAUCUGAGUUUUGUCUAAGCUACAAGCAGGAGAUUAGCUAAUGUAAUUUGUUUUGUUACCAUUCUGAAUGCCUAUAAAACACUAGCAAAGAAAAUAGUAAGAAGUUAAAGCUGAAGAUAACUUGGAGGGUAAAAGUAGGUGAUCAUCUGAUGCCUGAUAACCCAAAACAGUGGGCAGAUUCUCGGAAUAAAGAAUUAGGCUUGGUUUCAAGUUCCAUAAAUAAUGGAACAGAUGGUUGCAUUUGGGUCUUGAACCAAAAUAACAUUACUAAAGAGUGAGUUUUUAGAACAGAUCUUUAUUAGCAUGACGUUACACAUUAAUCUGCAUCUACCCUUUAAGAAUUGAUUUAUCACCAAAUUAUAUGUCCACUUUUUUAUGUCUGCUUCCCCAAAAUGUUGAAUACUUCCAUGAGCCAGCUUUCAUUGGUUGUACAAAAUUAGUCUGAAAUGUAAAGUGAAAAACAAUGGUUAUAAAAAUAUUAAUGACUGCUUAUUUUUUACCUUACAAUCUAAAAUACUUACUAUGAAACACUGAAUCUGUUUCUUCUGAAUUUAAAAUGAAAAAACACACCAUAUAUGGAGACAUACAUUUCUCAGUCUUUUAAUGAAGUGCAUUUUUGUCUAAUAUGCAUCUCUACUAAGACUUACUUGAAAGUUAAAUACAAAACAGAUAUAAUAGUUUCGCUUAUUUUAAUAUUCUGAAUCAGAUAAUACUUGGCCAAGUUUAUAUUUAGUUCAUAAGCUAAAAUCCCUGUUAUUUGUAUUUCCUGAGUUUCUUUAGUUUUUCUAUGAGAGCAUACAUUUUGAAAUUGUGAAAAUUUUCCCCAAAUACAAAAAUUCAAUAAUUUUUAAAAUGAAGAAACGGAGG